CUUGCAUGGACGUUUCUGGGAGGUGACGGCUGCACUGGGAGAGGACAAGGAAUUGCUAAUGCACUGGCAGUCCAGCCAGCAUGUCCGGGAAACACUGGGCACCAGGGACACAGUGUGUCACCAAGCACGACCACACCAAGCCCAAAGCCCAAGAGCUGGCCUUCCACAAGGGAGACGUGGUCACCAUCAUCGAAGCUGUGGAGGGCAAAGGGUGGUACCGUGCGAAGCACAAUGACACCGGGGAGGAAGGGCUGCUGGCGGCCAGCGCACUGCGCGAGCGUGGGGCCAUCCGGGCGAACUCAAAGCUCAGCCUCAUGCCCUGGUUCCAUGGGAAGAUCUCAGGGGUGCAGGCAGUGCAGGAGCUGCAGCCGCCUGAGGACGGGCUGUUCCUGGUGCGUGAGUCCAUCCGGCACCCUGGAGACUAUGUGCUGUGCGUGAGCUUUGCCAAAGAGGUCAUCCACUACCGCGUGAUAUACGAGGAGAACACGCUGAGCAUCGACAACGAGCAGCGCUUCUGUAACCUCAUCGACAUGAUUGAGCACUACAUGAAGGAGCAAGGACCUAUCUGUACCAAGCUGAUGAAACCCAAACCAAAAUCCGGCAUGAAGUCAGCCGAGGAGGAGCUGGCUAAAGCUGGCUGGUUACUGAACCUACAGCACCUCUCGCUGGGAGACCGUAUUGGGCAAGGCGAGUUUGGAGAUGUCCUGCAGGGCGAAUACAUGGGGCAGAAGGUGGCUGUGAAGAACAUCAAGUGUGACGUGACUGCCCAGGCUUUCCUUACUGAAACUGCUGCUAUGACAAAGGUCCGGCACAAGAAUCUGGUGCGUUUGCUUGGCGUAAUCCUGCACAACGGCCUCUAUAUUGUCAUGGAGUUCAUGAGCAAGGGGAACCUGGUGAACUUCCUACGCACUCGUGGCCGGGCAGUCAUCCAGACCAGACAGCUCCUCCAGUUUGCUCUGGACGUUGCCCAGGGCAUGGACUACCUGGAAUCCAAGAAGCUGGUGCAUAGAGAUCUUGCUGCCCGCAACAUCCUCAUCUCCGAGGAGAAUGUGGCCAAAGUGAGCGACUUUGGUUUGGCGCGAGUCAAUCCCAAGGGUACGGACACCACCUUGCUGCCCGUGAAGUGGUCGGCUCCGGAGGCCCUGAAACACAAUAAAUUCUCCUCUAAAUCAGAUGUCUGGAGCUAUGGGAUUCUCCUGUGGGAAGUGUUCUCCUUUGGCCGGGCACCCUAUCCCAAGUUGAGCCUGAAGGAAGUGACGGAGAUGCUGGAGCAGGGAUACCGCAUGGAUGCCCCUGAGGACUGUCCGGCCACCAUCUAUGCAUUGAUGAGGAGCUGCUGGGAGCUGGAGCCAGGGAAGCGGCCGUCCUUCAAGAAACUCACGGAGAAGCUGCAGAAGGAGCUGAAGCACUUAGGGGCUGUUUAACCUUCC